AUGAAAUGGGUAACAUUGCUCAAGGACUUUAAAGAGAAGGUCGGAUUAACUCAAGCUCCAGCUGCUCCUUCUUCAUCCUCUCCUGCUACUGCCGCUGCUUCUUCUUCUUCCCCCUUUUCUGCUUAUCCAUCCAAUCGGAAUAGCAAUGCUUCCCCUUCUUCAUCUUCCCUUUACCAAGGCUACAACGCUUCCCCCGAGAGAGAUAGACAUGAAUUGGAAUUGGACUUCAAGAGAUUUUGGGAAGAGUUCCGCUCAUCCAGCUCUGAGAAGGAGAAAGAAAUGGCCCUGAACCUUACCGUAGAUGUCUUUUGUAGAUUAGUGAGGCAGCAUGCUAAUAUAGAUCAGUUAGUUACCAUGUUAGUUGAAACCCACAUAUUCUGCUUUGUUGUUGGAAGAGCAUUUGUAACUGAUAUCGAGAAGAUUAAAAUUAGUAGCAAAACAAGAUCUUUGGAUGUAGAGAAAUUGCUGAGAUUCUUUUCGGAGAUUUCAAAGGAAGGUAUUAGUGCUGGAUCAAAUUUGUUAACGGCUUUAGAAGUCCUUGUAUCUGGGCCCAUUGACAAACAAUCCCUUCUGGAUUCCGGGAUAUUAUGCUGUCUCAUCCAGAUUCUGAAUACCUUUCUGAGUCCUGAAGCCAUUCAAUUGCAAAGGUCUACUGAUACGGAAGAAAAAUUGUUACUUGGAGGAGACCAUGAUAAUGAAGUUGGGGAGGUUCCCCGCCUUGAGGUGGAGGGACGAGUUGUACACAUUAUGAAAGCACUGGCAAGCCAUCCUUCAGCAGCACAGUGUUUGGUUGAGGAUGAUUCACUUCAGAUGCUUUUUCAGAUGGUUGCCAAUGGAUCUCUAAAGGUCUUCUCUCAAUCCAGAGAAGGUCUUCUUUGUCUGCAUAGCAUGCAACUUCAUAGACAUGCGAUGCAGAUACUCGGCCUUCUUUUGGUCAGUGACAAUGGAAGCACUGCCAAAUAUAUACGCAAACACCAUCUGAUAAAAAUUCUCUUAAUGGCUAUCAAAGAUUUCAAUCCAGAAUGCGGAGAUCCUGCCUACACGAUGGGCAUUGUUGACUUGUUGCUUGAAUGUGUAGAAUUGUCACACAGACCGGAGGCUAGUGGAGUCAGGCUCAGGGAAGAUAUACAUAAUGCUCAUGGUUAUCAGUUCCUUGUUCAAUUUGCAUUGGUAUUGUCCUCGAUGCCGCAAAAUCAGAAUUCUCAGUCAGCCUAUUUCAAGGGUUCUAUAGGGCAAGAUGACUCGCCAGAUGGUCUUCAAGAGUCGCAAAAGCUGUCUCCUGCAUUGUCUAGGUUGCUUGAUGUUCUCCUCAAUCUCGCUCAGAUAGGUCCGCCUGAAACAGCAGCAUCUCCUGGAUCAAAAGUUUCUAAGACUACUCUUAAUAGGUCGAGUGGCUAUAGCAGAAGUCAUACUUCAUCUCUUGAUUUAGCUGGUGACGAAAACUGGGAGAAGGACAGUACCAAGGUUAAAGACCUUGAAGCUGUCCAGAUGUUGCAAGAUAUCUUUCUGAAGGCAGACAGUAGAGAGCUGCAGGCAGAAGUGCUGAAUCGGAUGUUUAAGCUGUUUUCAAGUCAUCUUGAUAAUUAUAAAUUGUGCCAGCAAUUAAGGACAGUUCCACUUCUUAUCCUGAAUAUGGCUGGUUUCCCUCCUUCUUUGCAAGAGAUAAUCCUGAAGAUUCUUGAAUAUGCUGUGACUGUUGUCAAUUGUGUUCCAGAGCAAGAGCUGCUUUCUCUUUGUUGCUUACUGCAGCAACCAAUAUCAUCAGAGCUGAAGCACACUGUUCUCUCAUUCUUUGUAAAACUUUUAUCCUUUGACCAACAGUAUAAGAAGGUCUUGCGUGAAGUUGGUGUACUGGAAGUUCUGUUAGAUGAUGUGAAACAACACAAAUUUCUUUCUGGCCCUGAUCAAGAAAGUGUGAGCAAAGACCAGCCUGAUAGAACAUCUGGUUCGAGCAGCUUCAAGAAACACUGGGAUAAUAAAAAUGUUAUCCUUUCUUCUCCCAAGCUAAUGGAAUCUGGUUCUGGAAAGUUACUGAUAUUUGAAAUGGAGAGUACGGUUUCUGUGGCUUGGGACUGUUUGGUAUCUUUAUUGAAGAAAGCAGAGCCAAAUCAAGCAUCAUUCCGAGCAGCUAAUGGUGUGACUAUCAUUCUUCCUUUUCUGGUAUCAGAAAUCCACCGUGCUGGGGCUCUCCGGAUGCUGUCAUGUUUGAUUGCGGAAGAUGUUAAACAGGAUCAUGCUGAAGAAUUGGGUGCACUUGUCGAGGUUCUCAAAAGUGGGAUGGUUACAAGUGGAGCAGGACAUCAAUACAGGCUUCAAGUGGAUGCUAAAUGUGACACGAUGGGUGCUUUGUGGCGUGUUCUGGGAAUGAACAGUUCUGCUCAGAGGGUCUUCGGUGAAGCUACUGGAUUUUCUCUGCUUCUGACAACACUUCAUAGCUUCCAAGGGGAAGAGGGUCGGAGUGAUGAUUCUUCACAAGCGGUUGUUAUCAAGCUGUUCACAUACUUAUUACGUCUUAUGACAGCCGGAGUCUAUGAUAAUGUUUUAAAUAGGAUGAAAUUGCACACAAUCAUUUCAUCUCAUACGUUCUAUGACCUUCUCUGCGAGUCUGGGUUGCUUUCUGUCGAAUGUGAAAGGCAAGUCAUACAAUUGUUAUUUGAGCUUGCUCUUGAAAUUGUGAUUCCCCCAUUCUCGUCAUCAGACAAUGCUACAUCAACAGAAAUGGUCAACUCUGAUUCUGCUGUUUUUCUUCUGAUAACCCCGUCUGGUUUGUUUAAUUCUGAUAAGGAGAGAAUUUAUAAUGCUGGGGCUGUUAGAGUGCUCAUUCGUUCGUUAUUGCUCUUCACUCCCAAGGUGCAGUUAGAAGUGCUUAAUCUUAUUGGUAGGCUUGCUCACGAAAGCCCCUUCAAUCAGGAAAACCUCACAUCUGUAGGUUGCAUUGAGCUUCUAUUGGAAACAAUUCACCCGUUCCUUUCCGGCUCAUCUCCACUGCUUACUCAUGCGUUGAAGAUUGUUGAAAUUCUUGGAGCAUACAGGAUGUCAGCAUCAGAACUUCGAUUACUUAUUAGAUUUGUUCUACAAAUGAGGAAGAUGAAUUCAGGACAUAUUCUUGUCGACAUGAUGGAACGACUGAUUCUAACUGAAGAUAUAGCUGCUGAGAAUGUGGCCUUAGCACCGUUUGUGGAGAUGGAUAUGAGCAAGAUUGGACACGCUGCUGUUCAAGUGUCUCUUGGCGAGAGAUCUUGGCCUCCUGCUGCUGGUUAUUCAUUUGUAUGCUGGUUUCAGUAUAAGAACUUCUUGAAAGCUCAGGCGAGGGAUGUAGAACCAUUCAAAGGUGGCCUGUCUAAAAGGAGGGCCAUCUCUAGUGGCCAGAAUGAACGCCAUCUGCUCCGGUUAUUUUCUGUUGGUUCUUUUGAUAAGGAGAACAUGUUUUACGCAGAACUUUACCUGCAAGAAGAUGGUGUGUUAACUCUUGCUACUAGUAACUCUUGUUCAUUGUCGUUCUCGGGCUUGGAUCUAGAAGAAGGUAGAUGGCAUCACCUUGCUGUUGUUCAUAGCAAACCAAAUGCUCUAGCUGGAUUAUUUCAAGCUAGUGUUGCAUAUGUCUAUCUCAAUGGAAAACUGAGGCAUACAGGGAAACUAGGAUAUUCUCCCUCUCCCCCUGGGAAGGCAUUGCAGGUAACAAUUGGGACGCCGCAUACUUGCGCCAAAAUUAGCGACGUGACCUGGAAACUUCGUUCUUGCUAUCUUUUUGAGGAGGUGCUCACAUCUGGGUGUAUAUGUUUUAUGUACAUUCUUGGUCGAGGAUACAGAGGGCUCUUCCAGGACUCUGAUAUUUUACGCUUUGUCCCUAACCAAGCUUGUGGGGGAGGCACAAUGGCUAUCUUAGAUUCAUUAGAUGCUGAGAUGACCUUAGGAAGCACACAAAAAACUGAAACUUCUGGAAGGCAUGUUGACUCUAAGGCGGAUGGUAGUGGGAUUGUUUGGGAUUUGGAGAGGCUGUCCAACUUGUCCUUGCAGCUUUCUGGGAAGAAACUAAUAUUUGCAUUUGAUGGAACCUGUUCUGAAGUUGUCCGUGCAUCUGGGACCUUCUCUUUGCUCAAUUUGGUUGAUCCCAUGUCGGCUGCAGCUUCUCCUAUAGGAGGUAUACCAAGGUUUGGACGUUUGUAUGGUGACAUACAUGUUUGUAGACAAUGUGCGAUUGGCGAUACAAUUUGCCCUGUUGGUGGUAUGCCAGUUGUCCUUGCACUUAUUGAAGCAGCUGAAACAAGGGAUAUGCUUCACAUGGCUCUAACUUUACUUGCAAGUGCCCUCCAUCAGAAUCCGCAGAAUGUGAAAGACAUGCAAAAGUACAGAGGCUAUCAUUUGUUAGCUUUAUUCUUGCGCCGGAGGAUGUCUCUAUUUGACAUGCAAUCUCUUGAGAUAUUUUUCCAAAUUGCAGCAUGCGAGGCUUCAUUUUCUGAACCAAGGAAGUUGGGAAAUUCUCAAGUAAAUUUGUCUCCUGGUGCAUCUCUACAAGAAGCUAGCUUUGAGGAUCUUAGCUUGUCAAAGUUUCGUGAUGAAACCUCUUCUCUUGGAUCACAUGGGGAUUUUGAUGAUUUUUCUGGACAAAAAGAUUCAUUCAGUCAUUUUUCUGAGCUUGAAAAUUCUGAUAUGCACGCUGAAACUUCAAAUUGCAUUGUCCUGUCAAAUGCAGACAUGGUUGAGCACGUAUUGCUGGAUUGGACGUUGUGGGUAACAGCACCAGUUUCAAUUCAGAUAGCUCUAUUAGGAUUUCUUGAGCAUUUGGUUUCCAUGCACUGGUACAGGAAUCAUAACCUUACACUGCUUCGUCGAAUUAACCUUGUUCAACAUUUAUUAGUGACGUUGCAGCGUGGGGAUGUUGAAGUUCCUGUCUUGGAGAAAUUGGUUGUGUUGCUUGGGGUUAUCUUGGAAGACGGUUUUGUGGCUUCUGAGCUGGAAAAUGUGGUUAGAUUUGUCAUUAUGACAUUUGAUCCACCUGAAGUGAAACCAAGGCAUCAACUAAUGCGAGAGCCUAUGGGUAAGCAUGUAAUUGUAAGAAAUAUGCUUCUUGAAAUGCUUAUCGAUCUCCAAGUGACUAUCAAAGCUGAAGAGUUGCUUGAGCAAUGGCAUAAGAUUGUAUCAUCAAAAUUGAUCACAUAUUUUCUUGACGAAGCUGUCCAUCCUACAAGCAUGAGAUGGAUAAUGACUCUUCUCGGGGUUUGUCUUGCUUCUUCUCCGACAUUUGCGCUUAAAUUUCGUACAAGUGGUGGAUAUCAGGGUUUAGUGCGGGUUCUUCCUAGCUUCUAUGAUUCACCUGAAAUAUAUUACAUUUUGUUCUGUCUAAUAUUUGGCAAGUCAGUUUACCCAAGGUUACCUGAAGUGCGUAUGCUAGAUUUUCAUGCCCUUAUUCCAAGUGAUGGAAGCUACACAGAGUUGAAAUUUGUGGACCUGUUGGACUCUAUCGUUGCAAUGGCAAGGUCAACAUUUGAUAGGCUGAGCUCACAGUUUAUGCAUGCAUAUGAAACUGGAAAUCUUUCCCAGAUUGGUGCAAGCCUUGUGGCAGAGCUUGUUGAUGGAAAUGCAGACAUGGCAGGAGAGCUUCAGGGUGAAGCUCUUAUGCACAAGACAUAUGCAGCUCGCUUAAUGGGUGGGGAAGCAUCUUCUCCUGCUGCUGCGACCUCAGUACUGAGAUUUAUGGUUGACUUGUCAAAAAUGAGCCCUGCCUUUUCAGCUGUUUGCAGGAGGACAGAAUUUCUUGAAAGUUGCAUUGACCUAUACUUUUCUUGCAUCAGGGCAGCUUAUGCAAUAAAGAUGGCCAAAAUGCUAUCUGAAAAAACUGAAGAAAAGAACUUGAAUGACACUGAUGAUGCUGGUAGUUCGCAGAACACCUUUACAAGUUUGCCUCAUGAACCUGAGCAUUCUAUGAAGACAUCCAUUAGUGGUGGGAGCUUCCCUCAAGCCAAUGCAAGUACAAGUUCUGAGGACAUGCACGGUCCUCAAAAUUACACCGAUGAUGAUAAAAAAGAAAAAAAGGUCACCGAUACCAAGGAACCUGAAAUAUCACAGCAAGAAGGUAUCCAAAUGGUGGAUGGUGACACUGCUGACAAAUUGUCUCAUACCUUGAGCUCCAAUGACUUGAAAAUACAAAAUACUGAUGCAGCUGUCGAUGCACCUCCACAAGCUGAUUCCCAGAGUUCAGCAUCAUUCACAAUUGUUAAUUCUCCUGUUGUAUCUGAAAAGUCUAGCACGAAAGUUGCUUUCACACCUUCAUCUCCUGCUAUUGUGUUAAAUUCUGGGAUGAGUGGUGCAACCCACAAUGAAUACAAAGUUUUGCCACCAAGUCCUUCUGUUGAAUCAUUUGUAUCUGGCAGCGAAUAUGAUGCAUCUAGUGAAUUGAAGGCUGGUCCUCAAGUCUCAUCUGCUAUGACUGCCUUAUCUUCAGUUAGUGCACAGCUGCUUCUUGAAGUAGAUGAUUCUGGCUAUGGAGGUGGUCCAUGUUCUGCUGGAGCAACUGCUGUGUUGGAUUUCGUGGCAGAAGUUCUUUCAGAAUAUUUUACAGAGCAGAUGAAAGCAUCACAAGCAAUUGAGGCUGUCUUGGAAAUGGUACCUUUAUAUGUUGAUGCUGAAUCUGUGCUAGUUUUCCAGGGCUUAUGCCUUAGCAGACUGAUGAACUUUGUUGAAAGACGACUUUUGCGUGAUGACGAGGAAGAUGAGAAAAAGCUUGACAAAACUCGGUGGUCCUCGAACUUGGAUGCAUUGUGUUGGAUGAUAGUCGAUCGUGUAUACAUGGGUGCGUUUCCUCAACCUGGCGACGUAUUGAGAACUGUUGAAUUCUUGUUGUCAAUGUUGCAGUUGGCAAACAAAGAUGGUCGUAUCGAGGAAGCAGCUCCUGUCGGCAAGGGUCUUAUUUUCUCAAGAGGAAGCAAGCAACUCGAUGCUUUUAUACUUUCGUUGCUUAAGAAUACCAACAGGAUGAUCAUGUAUUGCUUUCUUCCAACGUUUUUGGUGGCUAUUGGGGAGGAGGAUCUUCCAUCCAGUUUAGGUUUGCUUAGUGAACCCAAGCAAAGACCAACAUCGAAGUUGUCACUAGAUGAUCCUGGAAUAGAUAUCACUGCUGUCCUACAGUUAUUAGUUGCUCACAGGCGCAUCUUAUUCUGUCCUAGCAAUCUUGACACUGAUGUGAAUUGUUGUCUCUGCAUCAAUCUAGUGGCUCUCCUUCAUGACCAUAGACAAAGUGUACAAAAUGUGGCAAUCGAUAUUCUCAAGUAUCUGCUGGUGCACCGGAGGCCUUCAUUAGAAGACUUGCUUGUUUCCAAACCGAACCAGGGACAGCAAAUCGAUGUACUCCAUGGUGGUUUUGAUAAAUUAUUGACUGGAAGUAUAUCUGCUUUUUUUGAGUGGUUUGAAAGUUCAGAACAUCUGGUCAGUAAAGUGUUGGAACAGUGUGCAGCCAUUAUGUGGGUCCAGUAUGUUGCAGGAUCUGUUAAGUUUCCAGGUGUUAGAAUCAAAGGGAUGGAGAGUCGUCGUAAGAGGGAGAUAGGGAAAAGAUCUCGAGAUACUUCAAAGGUGGACCUCAGACAUUGGGAGCAGGUAAAUGAGCGGAGGUAUGCAUUAGAAAUGGUUCGUGAUGUGAUGUCUACUGAAUUGAGGGUUGUCCGUCAAGAUAAGUAUGGAUGGGUUCUCCAUGCUGAAAGUGAAUGGCAAACCCUUCUUCAACAACUUGUACAUGACCGUGGAAUCUUUCCAAUGCGCAAGUCCUCUGCGACUGAAGAUCCAGAGUGGCAGCUUUGUCCUAUUGAAGGUCCAUACAGAAUGCGCAAGAAACUUGAGAGGUGCAAAUUGAGAAUUGACACUAUUCAAAAUGUUCUUGAUGGGCAGUUUGAAUUAGGAGACACAGAACUAUCUAAAGCAAAACAUGGCAAUGGCUUUGAUGACUCUGAUACUGAUUCUGAGCUAUUUUUCAAUCUAUUGACUGAGGAUGACAAACAGAUUGGUGAUGAUGGUGACAUGUAUGGGGAAUCUUUUAAGGAUGCAAUUGGGCCCAAAGGUAUUGCUUCUGUCAGAAGUGUAUACAAUGAUGACAAAGCGAGUAGUGUGAAUGAACCAAGCCUUCAUUCAGCACAAGAUUUUGGUGUUAAGUCUAGUGCGGUUUCUGUUCCUAUGUCAGAAAGCAUGCUAGAAAAAUCUGAACUAGGGUCUCCAAGGCAAUCAUCAUCUAAUAGAACUGAUGACACCAAAGUCACCGAGGACAAGUCAGAUAAGGAACUGACUGAUAAUGGUGAAUAUCUUAUUAGACCAUAUCUGGAGCAUCUGGAAAAGAUUCGAUUCAAGUAUAACUGUGAACGAGUUGUCGGUCUGGACAAACAUGAUGGUAUAUUUCUUAUAGGAGAGCUUUCUUUGUACGUGAUUGAGAACUUCUAUAUCGAUGAUAAUGGGUGCAUCUGUGAAAAGGAAUCCGAAGAUGAACUGUCCAUUAUUGACCAGGCUUUAGGUGUGAAGAAGGAUCUUCUGAGCAGCAUGGAUUUCCAGUCCAAGUCAACUGCCUCCUGGAGUACAACUGUAAAAACAUGCAUUGGUGGAAGAGCAUGGGCUUAUAAUGGUGGUGCUUGGGGUAAGGAAAAAGUAUGCAACAGUGGUAACUUGCCUCAUCCUUGGCAUAUGUGGAAGCUAAAUAGUGUUCAUGAGAUUUUAAAACGCGAAUACCAGCUUCGCCCUGUUGCAGUUGAGAUAUUUAGCAUGGAUGGAUGCAAUGAUCUCCUUGUAUUCCAUAAAAGAGAGAGGGAGGAGGUGUUCAAAAAUCUGGUUGCCAUGAAUCUUCCCAGGAAUAGCAUGUUGGACACUACGAUUUCAGGAUCAGCAAAGCAAGAAGGCAAUGAGGGUAGCCGUUUGUUCAAGAUAAUGGCUAAAUCAUUCUCCAAAAGAUGGCAAAAUGGAGAGAUUAGCAACUUCCAAUAUCUUAUGCAUCUCAACACUUUGGCUGGUCGGGGAUAUAGUGAUCUGACCCAGUAUCCGGUGUUCCCAUGGGUCCUUGCUGAUUAUGAAAGUGAAACUCUUGACUUGUCUAAUCCUAAAACAUUCAGACAGCUGGACAAACCCAUGGGCUGUCAAACUGCAGAGGGGGAAGAGGAGUUUAAGAAAAGAUAUGACAGCUGGGAUGAUCCGGAGGUUCCAAAGUUUCAUUACGGUUCUCAUUAUUCUAGUGCUGGGAUUGUUCUGUUCUAUCUUGUGCGCCUGCCACCUUUCAGUGCAGAGAAUCAGAAGCUGCAAGGAGGGCAGUUUGACCAUGCUGAUCGCCUUUUCAAUAGUAUUAGAGAUACUUGGUUGAGUGCUGCUGGAAAGGGAAACACAUCUGAUGUGAAAGAAUUGAUUCCAGAGUUCUUUUACAUGCCAGAGUUUCUUGAAAAUAGGUUCAACCUUGACUUGGGUGAAAAGCAAUCAGGAGAAAAGGUAGGGGAUGUCAUGUUACCCCCAUGGGCCAAAGGCAGUGUCAGAGAAUUCAUUAGGAAGCAUAGGGAAGCACUUGAAUCUGACUUUGUUUCAGAGAAUCUGCAUCAUUGGAUAGACCUCAUUUUCGGGCAUAAACAGAGGGGAAAGGCGGCCGAGGAAGCUGUUAAUGUUUUCUAUCAUUACACGUACGAAGGAAGUGUCGAUAUCGAUUCAGUGGCAGACCCUGCAAUGAAAGCUUCUAUUCUAGCCCAGAUCAACCACUUUGGCCAAACACCGAAACAGUUGUUUCUCAAGCCCCACGUGAAGAGGCGGCCAGAUAAAAAGCUUCCUCAUCCCCUUAAGUAUUCGUCUUACCUUGCUCCGCACGAAGUCCGAAAGGCCACAUCCCCAAUAACUCAGAUCAUUAGCUAUCACGAGAGAGUUCUGGUGUCUGGGACAAACAGUUUGCUGAAACCCAGAACCUAUACCAAAUGUGUUUCGUGGGGGUUCCCUGACCGCAGCCUGAGAUUCACCAGUUAUGAUCAGGAGAGACUUCUCUCAACACACGAGAAUCUUCACGGUGGUAAUCAGAUUCAGUGCGUCGGUGCUAGUCACGAUGGUCAGAUUCUGGUUACCGGUGCAGAUGAUGGUCUGAUUUGUGCUUGGAGGAUCAUAAAAGAUGGCCCUCGUUUGAUCUCUCAACAUCUGGAGUUGGAAAAGGCACUCUGUGGCCAUACAUCCAGAAUUACUUGCCUUCAUGUUAGCCAACCUUAUAUGCUAAUUGUAAGCGGUUCUGAUGAUUGCACUGUUAUCAUGUGGGACCUUAGUGCCUUGGUCUUUAUCAGACAGUUGCCCGAGUUUCCGUCUCCAAUCUCAGCAAUAUUUGUGAACGAAUUGACUGGAGAGGUAAUGACAGCUGCUGGAAUUUUACUGGCUAUUUGGAGCAUCAAUGGGGAUUGCCUUGCCAUGAUUAAUACUUCCCAAUUGCCCUCUGAUUCUAUCUUGUGUGUGACUAGUUGUGCGUUCUCUGAUUGGCUGGAUACAAAUUGGUAUGUGACUGGACAUCAGAGUGGGGCAAUUAAAGUGUGGCAGAUGGUUCAUUGUUCAGACAAGGAGAAAAUCAGUUCAGCCUCGUCCUCCAGCAGCUCAACAAAUGGAUUGAAUUUAGGAAACAAGAAGGCGCCAGAAUACCGGCUGAUCCUGCACAAGAUAUUGAAAUUUCACAAGCAUCCUGUUACUGCCCUUUAUGCUACAAGUGAUUUGAAGCAGUUGUUGAGUGGAGAUUCUGGCGGGCAUUUGGUGUCUUGGACUCUGCCGGAUGAUAGCCUGAGAAAUUCAAUAAAGAACAAUGGGUUGAGAACCAAGCCUAGUCUCCUCGUGCCUUGUGUAACUUUUGGGAUGGUUGAUGGAAGAGAAACGUGCUAG